GGCGCAGGGCCAUCCAAAAGCCCUUGACCGAACUUCGCCUUGUCCAUUGUCGCAUGUUGCCCCCACACACGCACCCUGCCCACGCCACCCGCAUCCAACAGAAAUCAAACGUAGCGCUUUCACCAUAGCAAGAGCCCGGGCGCUAGGACACUCCAAGGUGUGUUCGCAUGUGGGGGCACAACGCGAGACAAGGGGCUUUGGCCGUCCAACCAAGCCCAGCUAGUCACCAGGUCACCUAAGCUUCACAGGGUACAGACCUGCAUGCCAAGCGGACGCGCAAGGACAUAGAUUCCGGGGCUCUGCCGUACUCCUAAGCGGACGGGGGUGCGGGCAAAACCUCGCCAGGCCUCGCCUGAUAUUAGGGCUUGGCGCUGUGGAAAGCGGGGCUCAAAUUGGAGAGGUUGACAUCAAGUUUGGGGGCGAAACGUGCGGCUGGGCAGGGGCGCCGAUGAGGGUCUCGGCCGAACUCGCACAGACUUCUGCAGCGGAGUGAUCAACAUCGCGUCGCAACUCUGACGACGAGGACGAGGAGACUUUCGGCGUGAUCAAGAACAUGAGCUUGAUGGAAUCCAUGAUGGCGGCGCGGAACGACUUUUCCUGGCUGCCUGGCAUCGAGGAGGGUGACAUAGCUUUCCAGCGUGAGUGGAACCAGCCCAGCGGGGGAUGGAGCGCGGUAGUGCUGAUCGCUGAGGGGCGGCGGAGCAAGGUGUUCAAGGCUGCAAAGCAGUGGAAGGGGUCUGGAGAGGGGCUCACGGCGGUGCUUGUGCCCUACCUGUCGCGUGCCACGAUGCGGCUGCGGCAGGACAGGACCGAUGUGUUCCGGAGCUUGGCGGAAGCAGGGGCCAAGCCGAAGUGGGAUGGCAUAGCGGACAUUCGAUACACUGACGAGCGGGGCUUGCGCAGGCUGUAUGAUUUCUGAGAGAGCUGGCGUGACUGUUGCUGCAGUAGGCGCUGAGGCGGUUUGUCUUUGCUACACAACGUGACAGCACAGAACGUGAUUGGGGCUUGAUUCUGAUUACACAACGGGGCACAAGCACGUAACGCACACAACGGCACAAGCACAGAACGUGAUUGGGGCUUUAUUCUGUUUACACAACGGGGCACAAGCACACAACGGCGCAAGCUUCUGCCUGGGGCUUGAUUCUGUUUACACAACGAGGCACAAGCACACAACGUGAUUGGGGCUUGAUUCUGUUUACACAACGAGGCACA